AUGAUUUAAAGUUAGAGCAGAUUAUAAAAUCAGAUAUGUGGAAAGAAUUAGGAAAUAGGAUUUAGAAAGAAACUUGAAGUACAAAAAUUAAAAAUGAAAAUACAUAAAAACUAGAAUAAACUUGAUAAAAAAUCAGAAUAUUAUGAUUUAGCUAUAUAGAAAAACCUUGAAGAAUCUAUCUAUUAUUUUAACAAAGGUGUAGUAAAAUUUUUAUAAUUUCCUAGCUAAUACUUUAUCGGAUAUGAAUAGACUUAAAGAAGCAUUGGAGUAUUAUGAUCUAGCUAUUUAAAAGAAUCCAGAAGAUUCUGGGUAUUAUUUUGGAAAAGGUAAUAAUUUGAUCUUUAGAUACAUAGCAAAUGCUUUAUUUGAACUGAAUAGAUUUUAGGAAGCAUUAGAAUACUUUGAUAAAGCAAUUAAUAAAAAUGGAGAAUAUUCAAUGUAUUACUUUAAUAAGGGUAUUAAGAAAAUAUGAUAAAUUUUAGCCAAUGUGUUAUUCAACAUGAAUCGAUUAUAAGAAGCAUUAAAACAUUUUGACAAAGCAAUUAAAAAAGACCCAACUAAUUCAAUUUACUUCACUAACAAAGGUAAAUAACAAUUAUUAAUUUUCAGCAAUUACUUUAGAUGAUCUUAAUAGAUAUGAAGAAGCAUUAGAAUAAUUUGAUUUUGCAAUUUAAAAAAACCCGUAAAAUUCAGAUAAUUAUGCUGCUAAAUGUUUUAACCUUCAUUUAUUAAUUAUAAGCUCGAACUUUAUUUAAAAUGAAUAGAUUUGAAGAAUCAUUAAAAUAUUAAGAUUAUGCAAUUUAAAAAAAUCCAGAAGAUUCGAAUAAUUUUGCUGACAAAGGUUUGAAUUAAGAAUUAUAAAAUUUAGCUCAUAUUUUAAAGAAAAUGAAUAGAUUUGAAGAAGCAUUGCAAUAUUAUGAUUUAGCAAUUGAUAAGAACCCAGAAAAUUCAGACCAUUAUGCUGAAAAAGGUACUAAAGCAUACUAAUUAUAUUUUAGCUAAUGCUUUACAUAAAAUGGGUAGAUUUGGAGAUGCAUUGUAAUACUAUGAUUUUGCAAUUUAAAAAAAUUCAGAAGAUCCAAAUAUUUAUGCUGCUAAAGGUAUGAAGUCAUAGCUAUGAAAAUUUUAGCUAGUGCUUUACAUGAUAUGAAUAGAUUUGAAGAAGCUUUACAGUAUUUUGAUAUAGCUAUUUCAAAAAACCCAGAAGAUUCAAUUAAUUAUGCUGCCAAAGGUACGAAGAAUUAAUCUUUAAAAUUAAGCAAAUACUUUAAAUGAUUUAAAUAGAUUCGAAGAGGCUUUAGAGUAUUAUGAUUUUGCCAUCUAAAACGACCCUGAUCUCGCUGAUCAUUAUGUUAAUAAAGGUAUCGAAGAAAUAAUAUUAAAUUUUAGCUUUUACUUUAUGUAAAAUGACUAGAUUUGAAGAUGCAUUAUAAUGUUAUGGUUAUGCUAUUGAAAUAAAUCCAGAAAAUUCAGAUAAUUAUGCUAAUAAAGGUUUAGAAUAAAUAUAACUUUUAAGCCAAUACCUUAAAUGAAUUGAAGAGAUUUAAAGAAGCAUUAGAGUAUUAUGAUUGUGCUAUUGAAAAAAAUCCUGAAAAUUCAAAUAAUUAUGCUAAUAAAGGUAUUCUAAUAAUUAAUAACAUUUAGCUAACACCUUACAUAAGAUGAAGAGAUUUGAAGAGGCUUUAAAAUAGUAUAAUUUAGCUAUUUAAUAAAAUCCAGAAAAUUCAAAAUAUUUCUUUAGUAAAGGUAUUCUUAAUCAAUAUCAAAUUUUAGCGAACAUUUUAAACGAAAUGAAUAAAUAUUAAGAAGCAUUAGAAUAUUACGAUUUUGCUAUUUCAAAAAACCCUUAAAAUUCAGAUAACCAUGCCGCUAAAGGUCGUAAAAAGAAUUAUUAAAUUAUUAGCUAAUACUUUAUAGAAAAUGAAUCGUUAUGAAGAAGCUUUAGAAUAUUAUGAUAAAGCCAUAAGCAACAACCCAAAUGUGUCUCAUUAUUUUGCUAAUAAAGGUAUUAUAAUACAAUCAUUUAAUUUUAGCUGCAACUUUACAUAAAAUGGGGAGAUUUGAGGAGGCUUUGUAGUAGUAUAAUUAAGCUAUUUAAUAAGAUCCAGAAAUUUCAACGUAUUUUUUUAAUAAAGGUAUUAAAAUUUAAUAUUAAAUGUUAGCUGUUACUUUAGAAGAAAUGAGUAGGUAUGAAGAGGCAUUAAAAUAUUAUGACUAUGCUAUUCAGAAAAAUUCACAAGAAUCAAGAUAUUUUAUAAACAAAGGUAUCAUUUAGCAACAAUAUUCAAUUUUUUAGCUGAAACAUUACAAAAACUAAAUAAAUUUGAUCAAGCAUUAAAUUAAUACGAUUAUCCUCUUUAAUAAAAUCCUGAAAAUUCUAAAUACUUCUUUUAUAAAGGUAUUUAUUGAUUUUCUGUAAUUAUAGCUAACACUUUNAGUAUUUUGAUAUAGCUAUUUCAAAAAACCCAGAAGAUUCAAUUAAUUAUGCUGCCAAAGGUACGAAGAAUUAAUCUUUAAAAUUAAGCAAAUACUUUAAAUGAUUUAAAUAGAUUCGAAGAGGCUUUAGAGUAUUAUGAUUUUGCCAUCUAAAACGACCCUGAUCUCGCUGAUCAUUAUGUUAAUAAAGGUAUCGAAGAAAUAAUAUUAAAUUUUAGCUUUUACUUUAUGUAAAAUGACUAGAUUUGAAGAUGCAUUAUAAUGUUAUGGUUAUGCUAUUGAAAUAAAUCCAGAAAAUUCAGAUAAUUAUGCUAAUAAAGGUUUAGAAUAAAUAUAACUUUUAAGCCAAUACCUUAAAUGAAUUGAAGAGAUUUAAAGAAGCAUUAGAGUAUUAUGAUUGUGCUAUUGAAAAAAAUCCUGAAAAUUCAAAUAAUUAUGCUAAUAAAGGUAUUCUAAUAAUUAAUAACAUUUAGCUAACACCUUACAUAAGAUGAAGAGAUUUGAAGAGGCUUUAAAAUAGUAUAAUUUAGCUAUUUAAUAAAAUCCAGAAAAUUCAAAAUAUUUCUUUAGUAAAGGUAUUCUUAAUCAAUAUCAAAUUUUAGCGAACAUUUUAAACGAAAUGAAUAAAUAUUAAGAAGCAUUAGAAUAUUACGAUUUUGCUAUUUCAAAAAACCCUUAAAAUUCAGAUAACCAUGCCGCUAAAGGUCGUAAAAAGAAUUAUUAAAUUAUUAGCUAAUACUUUAUAGAAAAUGAAUCGUUAUGAAGAAGCUUUAGAAUAUUAUGAUAAAGCCAUAAGCAACAACCCAAAUGUGUCUCAUUAUUUUGCUAAUAAAGGUAUUAUAAUACAAUCAUUUAAUUUUAGCUGCAACUUUACAUAAAAUGGGGAGAUUUGAGGAGGCUUUGUAGUAGUAUAAUUAAGCUAUUUAAUAAGAUCCAGAAAUUUCAACGUAUUUUUUUAAUAAAGGUAUUAAAAUUUAAUAUUAAAUGUUAGCUGUUACUUUAGAAGAAAUGAGUAGGUAUGAAGAGGCAUUAAAAUAUUAUGACUAUGCUAUUCAGAAAAAUUCACAAGAAUCAAGAUAUUUUAUAAACAAAGGUAUCAUUUAGCAACAAUAUUCAAUUUUUUAGCUGAAACAUUACAAAAACUAAAUAAAUUUGAUCAAGCAUUAAAUUAAUACGAUUAUCCUCUUUAAUAAAAUCCUGAAAAUUCUAAAUACUUCUUUUAUAAAGGUAUUUAUUGAUUUUCUGUAAUUAUAGCUAACACUUUAUUGAAUCGAUAACAAUUAAAAAGUUAAAUAUAAAAAAAAUGAAUAGAUUUGAAGACGCAUUAUAUGAAUAUAAUUAAGCAAUUCAAUUAAACCCAUAAGAUUCAGAUAAUUAUGUUGCUAAAGGUAUUCAAUUUAAAAGCAUUCAACUUAGCUAAUGUUUUAUUUGAUAUGAAUAGAUUUGACGAGGCAUUGGAAUAGUAUGAUAAUGCGAUUAAAAAAAACUCCAACGAUUCAAGAUAUUUUGGAAACAAAGGUAAUAAUACAUUAGCUAAUAUUUAGCUAAUACUUUAGUUAAAAUGAAAUAAUUUAAAGAAGCAUUAGAAUAGUAUGAUUAUGCUAUUAAGAUUAACCCAGAAAAUCCUACGUAUUUCUUUAAUAAAGGUCUUAAAAAUCAAAUAUUAAACUUUAGCUGUUACUUUAGAGGAAAUGAAUAGAUAUGAGGAGGCCUUAGAAUAUUAUGAUUAUGCUAUUUAGAGAAAUCCAACAGAUUAAAGAUAUUAAAAAAAUAAAUGUAUAAACAAGAAACAAAUAUUUUUUUUUUUAGCUAAAGUCUUAGAAGAAUUAAAAAAAUUAUAAUAAGCCUAAUAGUAGGAAAGUAAUGCAGUUCAAACUAACUUAAAUUAUUCAAACUAUUAAUCCAUAUGA